CUCGGAAUGGAGGCCCGGUGGUUGGCGGUGUUUCCCAAAGCUCGAUGCUGGGCCUUUUGUCAUGUCUACCUGUACAAGGCAUGCUUAGCAAUUUAAACACAGCAUUAAAAUUGGUGCUGCUUCAGUGAGAAAUAUUAUGAGCGUUUACAGGGAAUCUAGAUCAGCUGGGGAAGUGUUCUGAGGAAUGGCAAAUGCAGCUUCAUUCAAUGAAGUUUGAGGUGUUACACGUUGGAAGAGCCAACCGGGGUAGGACUUUCAUAGUGAAUGCCGGGGCCCUGGAGAUUGUUGCAGAAGAGAGAGACCCAGACAUCACAGGGUGGUGAAUAAGGAGCUUGGCAUAUUGGCCUUCGUCAGUCCAGCCACUGAGUACAGGAGUUUGGGGUCAUAGGACAGUUGUAAGAGAUGUUGGAAUAUUGUGUUCAGUUUUGGUCGCAUGCUGGAAAAAAGAUGUUGCUAAAAUGGAAAGAGUGCACGGGGAUUUAUGUGGACAAGUCUCACAGGAGGGAAAAAGACCCUUUGGCUCAUGGGCUGGCUAAUUCCCAGAGUGGGAAAGAGCAGUCUGCUGCUUCGCUUUGCUGACAACACGUUCUCAGGCAGCUACAUCACUACAAUCGGAGUGGAUUUCAAGAUCCGGACGGUGGACGUGAACGGGGAGAAGGUGAAGCUGCAGAUCUGGGACACGGCUGGCCAGGAGCGGUUCCGGACAAUCACUUCCACGUAUUACCGCAACACCCAUGGGGUGAUCAUAGUUUAUGAUGUCACCAACCCCGAGUCCUUCGUCAACGUCAAGAGGUGGCUGCACGAGAUCAGUCAGAACUGCGACACCGUCUCCAAGGUCCUGGUGGGGAACAAGAACGAAGACCCCUUAGCACGGCAGGUGGAAUACGCUGACGCAAAGCGUUUCUGCGACCAGGUGGGGAUUCGUCUCUUCGAGACCAGCGCCAAGGAGAACACCAACGUGGAGGAGAUGUUUAACGCGGUCACCUUCAUGGUGCUAAAGUGCAAGAAGGACAACCUGGCACGCCUGCAGCAGCAGAACGAGGUGGUGAAGAUCAACAAGCCCAAGAAGAAGCCUGCCGUCAAGAAAUGCUGCUGAUCCAAGUGUCCAGGGGUGGGUGGGGAGCGGCACGGGUUGGGGUGGUAGCAGGUGGACCCAGGGGAGCCGGCACGCCUGACCCCAGCCCUCUGCAGCUCACCCAACAGGCAGGGGGACUGUCUGGGCCUGCCCGCUUCCACCAGGUCCUAAUGCCCAUACUGAUGUGUGUGUGUGUGCAUUUGCACUGGAUCCUUUCCAGGGUCCUAUCAAUCAGUGAUGUAACUACUGGAUCCUCAGAGAUCUCUAGCUCGUUGAUGUAAUUACUAGAUCUCCCCAAAUCCCAUUGGCUAGUUCUGUAAUUACUGCUGCAUCCCCAUGUGGGUUCUCUACUUAAGUGUUGUAAUUACUGGAUUUUCCUGGAUCCUAUUGGCUAGUCCUGUAAUUACUGGAUCCCUUAAGUCCAAUUGAUGUGUAUUAACUGGUUACACUGGCCAGUGAUGUAUGGGCUAUUGGGAUUUUAUUGGAUGAUUGUGUGUUUAGCGAUUUCUCCGGAUCCUGUUGGUCUGCGGUGUAUUGAGUGGGUUCUGACAGGGUUUGCUUUUGGACUUCCGCCACACGAUUGAGCUUACUGGGUUCCCCGUGAUUCAGAUGUCCACAGUGUGGGGUCCAGAUGCUUGCAGUAUGGGCACUAAGACCCAAAUGAGCACAUUCAGUGGGUUUCCCAGGGUCCUGUUAGAUGCCUGCAGCAUUGUGCUCGGUGGAUUCCUCAGGGUCCAAGUGUCCGGUCUAAAUUCUUGCAGUAUUUUGUUCUGUGCCCACGUGGGUGUAUUCAGUGGGCUCCCCAGGGUCCAAACAUGAAAUAUUUUGCUCCAUUAGUUCUGCUGGGUUCAAAUGUCUGCACUAUUGUGCUGAGUGGAGUCCCAGUACCCUCUCUGAAUUCCAGGGGAUCCUAAUGCCCACAACUGUUCCAUCUGGCAAGGCUUCCCUAGCAUAAAAGGCAUUGUAGUGUUCCUCGGGUUUCCUCCCAGGGGCCAAAUGUCCACAUCACUUGCAUUUGUUAGGCACCCCGAGGUCCUAAUGCCCUACGCCUUAGCAUUUGGUGGGUUCCCCAGUGUCCAAGAGUGCGCCCCGUUCCACCCCAACUCUUCCCAACAGUAGUGGAGCGAGGCAGUAAUUCCUAGUUGGAAUUCCUCUGCCUAAUGAAUGCCAGAUGGGUGCCGGACCAACUGGGAAACACCUCCGGAUGGUGGGGGGAGUUGAUGAGACCCCAGGAAUGGGAGACAGGCUUAUUUUGCAGAGGUUUCACCUUUCUCCAUGGUUCCAGAACGGGAGGCAACAAGGUUUUUAGUCAUCAACCUGGCGUUGCACUGGUCUGAAUUUAGGUGAGAAGGGCGAGUCAGUGUGGGGUCUCACUAAAUCCUGCCCACCAGGGUCCAAAAAGGCACUGGGAGGGUGAAUGAAAUGACACAGGUUUAACAGUGUGUGUGGCCUCAAGCACUAAACACACACACCUCAUUAUAACUCUAAUAUGCCCCAUAACACUCACUGUGACACCAACACCCCCUCACUCCUCACUGUAAAACUGAUACCUCCCCCCACCAACACAGAUCCUGCACCUCUCACUGUAACAUUAAUACUCUCCCUCAUCCCUCCCCGCAACACUGAUACUCCCUGCACCCCUGAUCAUAACAACUGACAUCCCCACCCCAACACCGAUAUCCCACACCCCUCACCGUAACAGAUUCCCCACCCCAACACAGAUUUCCCCCACACCUCACUGUAACACUGACUCUUCCUCACCAUAACACCGAUACUCCCUGCACCCCUGAUCAUAACAACCGAUAUCCCACACCCCUCACUGUAAAACUGAUAUCCCCACCCCAACACAGAUUUCCCCCACACCUCACUGUAACACUGACUCUUCCUCACCAUAACACCGAUACUCCCUACACUCCUGAUUGUAACACCGAUACCCCUACCCCUCACUGUAACACCAAUACCUCCCACCCCAACACAGAUUUCCCACACACCUCACUGUAAAACCAAUACUCCCUAUACCCCUCACUGUAACACUAAUGCUCCCCAUAACACUCGCUUUGUCACUGACACACACUUAACACUGGUUCCCUCCCACCCCUCACUGUAACACUAACACUCCCCAUAACACUCGCUUUGUCAAUGACACACACCUAACACCAGUACCCUCCCACCCUCACUGUAACACCGGUAACCCCUCACCGUAACCCGUGCACCUGAUUUCCCACUCGUAGUGAUUUUGAUCUGCCCCUCACUGUUUCACUCGAUGUCAGUGGGAUUAUGAUGUCUCCUGCUACACUGCUCAUUGCAGGAAUGGUCCUGCCUCCCUCCCACAUUCGGACCAAACUCUCCCCCCGCCCAAAUUUCCUUCCCCUCGUCCCUUUCCCUCUCUCUGUCAACAUUCCGAUAUCGCGAAUUAACUAACGCCACCCCAGAUGAUUUUGCACUAAUGCUAAUUAUGGUUUCUCUGAAAUUUAUAACCUCUCUCUGUAAUAUUUGUAUAAAUUUUUUUUUGUCGCUGGGAAUGUAACCGAUCAUGGAAUCAAAUAAUGUAUGAAGUAAAAUUUAAAUUGAGAUAAAA